AUGAAGCUAUUUAGCGCUUUUUACGCCGUCAUUUUACCUUUCCUCUUCUUCUUCACGUUUCCAAUCGCAGUGUUCGCGACCAUCACUACAACUUUUGCUUUCUAUGUCCUCUGCUUUCGAGUCGCGAUUGUAUACAUUGAACUCGCCCUUGCAAUCAUUCCAUACUAUGUCUAUGGGCCCAAAGCUGAAAUAAAAAUUGCACAAUCCAAAAGAGCAAUCUACAACCCUCCAAAUUCACCUAUUCGUCGUAAGAAACGGAGAAGCAGCGCUAGCAGCAGUCAAUCAGCUACUGGUUCAGUCACGCCAGUACCAGUUCAUAUCUUGAAAGGCUCAGCAUCAAUGCUUGGAUUGGGCCAAAGUGUUGGACCUUCCAGAGAUUUCGAAGGUGUAGGUGGAUGGCGUCUGGGCGAUAGCGGAUCUGAUGAUGAUGCGCUAUGGACGAAUAUGAAUUCUAGGCUAGAACUCCCCGCGAAUCACGGGAGGAGACAUCAUCAGCGAUCUUUGACAUCUGGUAGUCUCCCUUCAGAAGGGCUGAGAAGUCGAAGCCCGGAGACGACAAUGAAUUCAUCAAAGGCUAGAACACCGCCUUCAAUUGGAUUGGGGUUAGGAGGGGAGAAUUAUUUUCCAACAAUGACUCCAAGUCCGAGAACCAAGAAGAGGACAUCUUUUGGGUCUGUGUCUGGAUCACUUGCCAGCUCUAAGGCUAGCUCCGUUGUCAAUAUGAAGCAGAUAUGA